AUGCAAGGUCAAAUUUCUGCAUUACUUCCCAAGUAUUUACACCAGGAAGAAGUGGUGGCACACGAAUUUAAAGACCUAAUAUUUUCUUUGCCCAAAGAAAAUGGAUGGGUUGCCUCUUCUCUCUACAAAUAUCAAGGCUUUUGGCAUCCGAUCAGGCACCUUCAGGGGAUCAUUACAUGUCAACGACAUUUCCAGGCUCAGGAUUCUGAUUUUAUUCUUAUUACAACUCCCAAAUCAGGGACGACCUGGUUGAAGGCAAUCGUGUUUACCUUAAUGAAUCGAAUGCAAUAUCCCAUUGUCCAAUAUCACCCUUUACUCAGCAAAAGUCCACAUGAUCUUGUGCCAUUCUUGGAACACAGACUCUACGUUGAUAAUCAAAUCCCGGAUCUUUCCUCAAUGAAUUCUCCCAGGCUGUUCGCAACCCAUAUACCAUUUUCUUCCAUCCCGAAAUCUGUGCAGGAUUCUGGAUGUAAGAUUGUCUAUCUGUGUAGAAACCCCAAGGACACUUUUGUCUCCAUGUGGCAAUUUUCUGACAAGUUAAGGCCUAGGGAAAUGGGAACUCGUUCACUUGAAGAAACCCUUGAUAUGUUCUGUAGAGGAGUGAGUAUAGCUGGACCCUUUUGGGACCAUGUUUUACUAAUAACCUUUCUUUCGUCCCUCUGUCCUCACAAGGUACUCUUCUUGAAGUACGAUGACAUGAUAGAAAACCCUACUGUCAAUCUUAGAUGCAUUGCUGAUUUCUUGGAAUGUCCAUUUUCCAUCGAGGAAGAAGAAUCAGGAAAGGUGGAAGAAAUCUUGAAGCUGUGUAGCUUUGGUAAUUUGAGCAAUCUGGAAAUCAACAGGACUGGGAAGUUGUCAUCUGGAGAGGAAAACAAAGUAUUCUUCCGUCAAGGCAAGGUUGGAGAUUGGAAGAAUCAUCUAACCAUUGAGAUGGUAGAGAAGUUGGAUCGAAUUACCGAACAAAAGCUCAGAGGAUCUGGAUUGGUACUAUAA